GCGUGCCCCGUGAUGCGCCGAAUCAGACGGCCACAAAAACGCACUGUCGGCGAAUUAAUUUACGGCCAGCUGCAAAUCAGCCCGGGGGCGCUUCUUUUUCCUCCCUCUCCCGUCCCCUCCCCCCUCGCUCCCGAGUCCUCCUCACCUUCCUCCCUUCCAAACUCCCGCGGAUCUACUACCCACACCUGCCGCCGUGCCGUGCCUCGGCGUCGCCGCCGCCGCCGCCUCGGGGACGCCGCCGCCAUCGCCGUUCCCCUCCGUCCCCGCCCGGCCCCUCCGGGACGUCCUGCUCCGCCCCGUCGCCCGCCAUUGGGUCCCCGCUCUCCCCUCGAGGGUUACUGUAAUCUUGUGAAGCUCAAAAAAGGUCGUUGCUUCUGUAUAGUGUUGUUGCAGAAUGGCUUAUGGUGGAGAUGAGCAGCAAAGCCAGGAUUAUCUAUUCAAAAUUGUUCUGCUUGGUGACUCUUCUGUUGGCAAAUCAAAUUUGCUAGCCAGAUUUGCUAGGAAUGAGUUCUUUCCAAAUUCGAAAUCCACAAUAGGAGUAGAAUUCCAGACCCAGAAAUUGGUGAUUGAUGGGAAGGAAAUUAAAGCUCAGAUAUGGGACACAGCAGGACAAGAACGUUUCAGAGCAGUCACAUCUGCCUACUACAGAGGAGCCGUUGGAGCUCUACUGGUUUAUGAUAUUACGAGGCGCCAGACAUUUGACAGUGUUGGCCGAUGGCUUAAUGAACUGCACGCUCAUUCCGACAUGAACGUCGUCACAAUUCUGAUUGGCAACAAGACUGAUCUCAAGCAUGCGCGGGAGGUGAGCACUGCGGAAGGCAAAGCCCUGGCCGAGGCGCAGGGCCUCUUCUUCAUGGAAACCUCAGCGCUGGACUCGUCGAACGUCACAGCAGCUUUCCAAACCGUAGUCAAGGAGAUCUACAGCAUACUAAGCAGGAAGGUGUUCCAAUCUCAAGAGCAGAAGAAAAGCGAGCUGCAGUCGCUAAGCAACGGGAAAGCCGUGGUGCUGCAGAGCGAAGCCCCCCGUGACACAAACAGCAGCGGGAGGUGGUGCUGUUCGUCGUAGAGCAUGUAAGACCUCCCUCCAUUUUUCUCCUGGUGGCGUUCAGGUUCCUGGACCUGAUGGCUACGAGAGGGUCCCUGUUGCGUGCCGUAGGAUGUAAUGAUGCGGAUCCGGUUAGUGAAAAAGUUGUGCUCGCCUUCUUCAAAUCAAAAGGUAAAAGUUGGCCGAGGGUUGGUUGGUUGUAUGAAAGGUGUGCUUUUCCAUUGGAGGAAAUCUCAGUGUAUAGUUCCAUUGGUCCUUCUGGGGUAAUGAUGAUAUACGUGAUUGUGUAAAGAGGAAAACUAUGUCACCGACUGGCUGCUGUGUCAAUUCAUUCCACAUCAUCAUUCGAGCACUA